UCCUUUCUUUUUUCAAACCACGCAGGUAAUAUAUGCUCUGAACACGAAAAAUGAUGAGCAUGAAUCUGCGAUUCAAGCCCUCAAAGAUGCUCACGAAGAAGAAAUCCAACAAAUUUUUGCUGAAACUAGAGAAAAAAUACUACAGUAUAAAAGCAAGGUGACAGAGGAGUCAGACCUUAAGAGAAAGAUCCAGGUCUUAGAAGCAUCCUUAGAGGAUCACAUGAAAAUGAAGCAGCAGGCGUUGGCCGAAUUUGAAGCUUACAAGCACAGGGUCGAGGACAUGCAGCUUUGUGCAGAAGCCCAGCACGUCCAACGCAUAGUAACCAUGUCCAGGGAGGUUGAAGAGAUUAGAAGGAAGUUUGAAGAAAGAUUACGGAGUUUUGGGCAACUCCAAGUACAGUUUGAAAAAGACAAAAGGUUGGCAUUGGAAGAUUUGCGGACUGCUCACCGACAGGAGAUCCAGGAGCUGCUGAAGUCACAGCAGGAUCACAGUGCCUCGCAGGAGAAGGCGGGGGACCUGCAGGGAGUAGAGGCGGAGACCCUAAACAAAACCCUGGAAGAGCUAAAACUGGAACAGAAGAGGCUAAUUGAGGAUUAUGAAGGCAAGUUGAAUAAAGCUCAGUCCUUUUAUGAACAUGAGCUUGAUACCUUGAAAAGAUCACAGCUUUUCACAGCAGAAAGCCUGCAGGCUAGCAAAGAAAAGGAAGCCGAGCUUAGAAAAGAAUUUCAGGCACAAGAAGCAGUUUUACGAAAAACCAUAGGGAAAUUAAGGACAGAGUUACAGAUGGUACAGGAUGAAGCUGGAAGUCUCCGUGACAAAUGCCAAAAGCUUCAGAAGGCCCUUGUUACAGCGGAGAACAGUGUUCAGGGUCUUCAGAAACAGCUUGACGAUGCCAAGCAGGGAGAGAUGGCUUUGUUAAGCAAGCACAAGGAAGUGGAAAGUGAGCUGGCAGCAGCCAGAGAGCGUUUGCAACAGCAAGCUUCCGACCUUGUCCUCAAAGCCAGUCAUAUUGGAAUGCUUCAAGCAACUCAAAUGAACCAGGAGGUUACAAUUAAAGAUCUAGAAUCAGAAAAAUCAAGGACCAGUGAGAGAUUAUCUCAGCUUGAAGAAGAAAGAUCUUUUUUGCAAAGCAAAACUCUGAGUCUGGAUGAAGAGCAGAAGCAGCAGAUCCUGGAACUGGAGAAGAAAGUAAAUGAAGCAAAUAAAACUCAGCAAGAAUAUUAUGAGUUGGAGCUAAAAAACCUGCAAAAUAGAUUGGAAGGGGAGGUGGCUCAAUUAAAUGAGGCCCAUUCUAAGACUUUGGAAGAAUUGGCUUGGAAGCACCAUAUGGCAAUUGAGGCUGUCCACAGUAAUGCAAGCAGGGAUAAGAAAAAACUGCAAAUGGAAUUGGAGGAACAAUAUGAAAAGGAGAAACUAAACCUAGAAGAGGAUAAAAGUCAGCUUCAACAAGAGCUAGAAAACCUGAAGAAAGAACUGGAAGACAAGCUGAAAACAGCCAAUCAAGAGGUUGGCCGCCUCCAAGACCUGGUAAGGAAAAGUGAACAAGGGCUGGGCUCGGCGGAAGGACUCAUUGCUAGCCUCCAGGACUCCCAAGGAAGACUUCAGAAUGAGCUUGACUUGACUAAAAGCAGGCUGAAGGAGGCCAAGGAUGCUCUAUUAAAAGUUGAGAGUGAGCGAGACCGAGAAAGGCAACAGCAUGAAGAAACACUGGCUGCCCUGAAGGGAGAGGAGACGCUCAGGGUGGACAAAAUGGCCCAGGACCUAGAAAUCAAAUGGACUGAAAAUCUUAGACAAGAGUGUUCUAAACUUCGUGAAGAGCUAAGACUUCAACAUGAAGAGGAUAAGAAGUCAGCAAUGUCUCAACUUUUUCAGUUAAAAGAGCGUGAGAAAAAUGCAGCCAGAGAUUCGUGGCAGAAGAAAGUAGAAGAUCUCUUAAACCAGCGGCACUCUCUGGGUGAAGCUUUGCAUAAAUCUAUCAACAAUAUCUCCCUGCUGAAACAGAACCUGGAGCUACAGCUUUCCCAGUCCCAGACUUCUUUGCAGCAACUGCAAGCCCAGUUCACACAAGAACGACAACGACUUACACAAGAGCUUGAAGAAUUAGAGGAACAACAUCAACAGAGACACAAGUCUUUAAAGGAAGCACACGUCCUUGCGUUUCAAACUAUGGAAGAAGAAAAGGAAAAGGAACAAAGAGCUCUUGAAAAUCAUUUACAACAAAAACAUUCUGCAGAGCUUCAGUCAUUAAAAGAUGCACACAGAGAGUCAAUGGAGGGUUUCCGGGUAGAAAUGGAGCAGGAACUCCAGACUCUUCGGUUUGAAUUAGAAGAUGAAGGAAAGGCGAUGCUUGCUUCUUUACGUUCAGAACUAAACCAUCAACAUGCAGCUGCAAUUGAUUUGUUAUGGCAUAAUCAUCACCAAGAAUUGGCAGCUGCUAAAAUGGAGUUAGAGAGAAGCAUAGACAUCAGCAGGAGACAGAGUAAGGAGCAGUUGUGCAGAAUAACAGAUCUACAAGAUGAAUUAAGGCACAGAGAGCAUCACAUCUCUGACUUGGAUAAGGAGGUACAACACCUUCAUGAAAAUAUAAGUGCCCUAACCAAAGAAUUGGAAUUUAAAGGAAAAGAAAUUCUCAGAAUACGAAGUGAAUCUAACCAACAGAUGAGGUUGCAUGAACAAGAUUUAAACAAGAGACUUGAGAAAGAGCUGGAUGUCAUGACAGCAGACUACCUCAGAGAGAAAAAUAUCAUGCGGGCAGAUUUUAAUAAGACUAACGAGCUACUCAAGGAAAUAAAUGCAGCUUUACAAGUGUCACUAGAAGAAAUGGAAGAAAAAUAUCUAAUGAGAGAAUCAAAACCAGAAGAUGUACAGAUGAUUACAGAAUUAAAAGCCAUGCUUACAGAAAGGGACCAUGUCAUAAAGAAACUAAUUGAGGAUAAUAAGUUUUAUCAGCUGGAAUUAGUCAAUCGAGAAACUAACUUCAACAAAGUGUUUAAUUCAAGUCCUACUGUUGGUGUUAUUAAUCCAUUGGCUAAGAAAUCUUCAGUAGGUUUCAUUAUGCCCUCUGGUGACUGGAAGAAGAAAAUGCAAAAGCAAAAGAAGAAGAAUGAUAAAUCACCAACAAACAGGUUUGUGAGUGUUCCCAAUCUAAGUGCUCUGGAAUCUGGUGGAGUGGGCAAUGGACAUCCUAACCGUCUGGAUCCCAUUCCUAAUUCUCCAGUCCACGAUAUUGAGUUCAACAGCAACAAGCCACUGCCACAGCCAGUGCCACCCAAAGAGCCCAAGACAUUUUUGAGUCCUCCUCAGAGUGAAGCUUCCCCGGUGGCUUCUCCAGAUCCCCAGCGCCAGGAGUGGUUUGCCCGGUACUUCACAUUCUGAAGGAAUUGGGUUGGCUCAGCUCUGUGUGGACUGUUACUAAGAGCAUGACCUUAGGAUCAUUAAGUGAAUAGGCCUUCCUAUUGUCAAACACUGUGAACGAGAAAGGAUUUGUCUCUCCGAUUUGAAAAUGCACUGUAUUUCUGUGAUAUUUAUUGGAAUCAUUCUUAUAAGGUACUAUGUUAUGUGUGUAAUUAUAAUAGUUAUUUUUAUUUGAGAUGGAAGAGUCUUUAACCUUUGUAAUUACUGCAUAAUAAAUUUUGUUAGAACAAAUAA